AUGGAAAACGUUCUUCAGUCUGCUAUCAGCUGGAUCGUUUCGGGACGUUAUAAUACCGGCAGUAACAAUAUGUCUAAACGAUCUUGUUUAUUUUUAGCCAAUGAAUCUUUAGAUGCCAAAUUGGAAAGGUUGUGGAAAUUGGAAGAAGUUACUACCAUCCCAGAGCCUGGGACUCGUGAACAAAAGAUUUGCGAGCAUUUGUGCAAUUCAACCAUGUCAAGAAGACCUUGCGGCAGAAUAGUUGUCAAACUCCCUUUCAAGGAUGAUCCGACGUGCUUGGGUGAGUCAUACACUACGGCAUUGCGACGUUUCAGUGCACAAGAUCGUCGAUUGGCCAAAUCACCACAAUUGACAGAACAAUACGUUGAAUUUAUGAACGACUACGAGAGCCUGGGUCAUAUGAGCAUCGUAAAGAAUACGAAUCUGAGCGAACCGCAUUAUUUUAUACCACAUCAUUGCGUUCUUAAACCAACAAGUACAACAACAAAGCUUAGAGUUAUAUUUGACGCCUCCUGUCGCACUACAUCCCAAAAAUCACUAAACGAUAUUCAGAUGGUUUGA